AUGUCCAACAUCAAGACCCUCGCCUCCUGCAUCUUCUGCAAGAUAGUCAAGGGCGAGAUCCCGUCCUUCAAGCUCAUGGAGACGGACAGCAUCCUAGCGUUCAUGGACAUUGGGCCCAUCGCGCGCGGCCACUGCCUCGUCAUUCCCAAGUACCACGCCGAGAAGCUCGCCGAUCUCCCCGAGGACCAGAUGGCCGACAUUCUGCCUGCCCUCGCCAAGAUUGCCAAGGCUGCUGGCAACGAGGACUACAACAUCCUGCAGAACAACGGGCGCCCCGCACACCAGCAGGUAGACCACGUUCACUUCCACUACAUUCCCAAGCCGAGCGCCGACGACAAGGAGGGGCUUGGGGUCGGGUGGCCCGCGCAGAACCUCUCGAUGGACGAGAUCAAGAAGAUCUAUGAGGAGGUCAAGGGCAAGCUCGAGUAG